UAAUACCUCACACGAGUGCGACGCGCCGGACGCAGGAAGUGAGCCGCCGGAAGUUAGCCGUGAGGCCUCGUUUCGUAUUUGCUGUGGAUUGUUACUGCUCGGGGAGAAGAAAGUCGCGUUUUGGGUUGAUCCACUCCAAAUGGGGGAUGAAAAGGACAACUGGAAGGUAAAAACACUGGACGAGAUAUUGCAGGAAAAAAAACGGAGGAAAGAGCAAGAGGAGAAAGCAGAACCAAAGCACUCCAAAAAUGCUGAUGACCGUGAUUCCAAAAGAGAUUCCUUAGAAGAAGGAGAGCUUAGAGAUCAUAAGAUGGAAAUAACAAUAAGGAAUUCACCAUAUGGAAGACAGGAUUCAUUGGAAGACAGGGGUGAGGAAGAUGAUUCCCUAGCUAUUAAGCCCCCACAACAAAUGUCGCGAAAGGAAAAAUCUCACCACAGGAAAGAUGAGAAGAGAAAAGAGAAGCACAGGAGGCGAAGCCAUUCAGCUGAAGGAGCUGGAGGCAAACAUGUUCGAGUAAAAGAGAAAGAGAGAGAGCAUGAGAGGAGGAAGAGACAGAGAGAGGAGCAAGACAAGGCCCGGCGUGAUUGGGAAAGGCAAAAGAGAAGAGAUUUGGCUAGAGAACAUUCUAGGCGCGAGAGAGAUCGUCUGGAGCAAUUAGAGCGUAAACGGGAGCGUGAGCGGAAGAUGCGGGACCAGCAGAAAGAGCAAAGGGAGAUGAAAGAGAGAGAGAGAAGAGCAGAGGAGAGACGCAAGGAACGUGAAGCCAGAAGAGAAGGGCUCGCCGGAUCUGCGCUUCCUAUGCGCAGGAGGCCAGGGCUCUUGCAAGAGAGUGAGAAAAUGCAGUACAGUGCACACCUUGCAGAUGCAAGAAUACUUGUAGAGUUUAGCACUCAAAUGGCUGCGCACCACAGAACAGCCAGGGAGGAACACGGAGAGAAAACCAAAGUGAAUUAUCGCAGUCGCAGCCCGGUCCGGCAAACCCGCGAGAGAACUGAUGGAGGGGACAUGAGAAAACCAGCGAAAGAAGACAGACCCGAAGAAAGAGACCCUCUGUCAGACCUGCAAGACAUAAGUGAUAGUGAGAGGAAAACUAGCUCUGCAGAGUCGUCCUCAGCAGGCACGGCGUCCGGCUCAGAGGAAGAAGAAGAAGCAACGAGCAGCGAGGAAUCAGGGGAAGAGGAAGACGACGAGGAGGAGGAUGAAGAAGAGGAGGAGGAGGAGGAAGAUGGAGAGGAAACUGGAAGCAAUUCCGAGGUUGUGUCUGAGCAGACUGCAGAGGAAGUUAGUGAAGAUGAAAUGAGUGAGGAGGAUGAGAGAGAAAAUGGAAAUCAUGUUCCAGUUGUUCCAGAAUCCAGAUUUGACCACGACUCGGCUGAGAGUGAAGAAGAAGAGGAGGAAGAGGAUGAUGAUGAAGAUGAAAAGAGGGAUGUUAGCCCUCACUCUAAUGUCCCAACAGAUGGAGAAUAUGUUCCAGAUUCUCCUGCCAUGUCUCCUGUUGAGCUGAAGCAGGAGCUGCCCAAAUAUCUCCCAGCUCUGCAGGGAUGCCGUAGCGUGGAGGAGUUCCAGUGCCUGAACCGUAUUGAGGAGGGAACGUAUGGGGUGGUGUACAGAGCUAAAGACAAGAAAACUGAUGAAAUUGUGGCUCUGAAGAGACUGAAAAUGGAAAAAGAAAAGGAAGGUUUCCCCAUAACCUCACUCCGCGAAAUCAACACAAUUCUUAAAGCCCAGCAUCCAAAUAUCGUUACCGUCAGGGAAAUUGUUGUAGGUAGUAAUAUGGACAAAAUCUAUAUCGUGAUGAACUACGUGGAACAUGAUCUUAAGAGUCUAAUGGAAACCAUGAAACAACCUUUCCUCCCAGGUGAGGUUAAAACUCUCAUGAUUCAGCUGCUACGAGGAGUGCGGCAUCUCCACGAUAACUGGAUUCUCCAUCGAGACCUUAAAACCUCUAAUCUGUUGCUCAGUCAUUCUGGCAUCUUAAAGGUCGGUGAUUUUGGUCUGGCUCGUGAGUAUGGUUCUCCACUAAAGCCCUAUACCCCCAUAGUGGUCACACUGUGGUACCGGGCCCCGGAGCUGCUACUUGGUGCUAAGGAAUAUUCUACUGCCAUAGACCUGUGGUCUGUGGGAUGUAUAUUUGGAGAGCUCCUUACCCAGAAACCAUUAUUCCCGGGGAAAUCCGAGAUUGAUCAGAUCAAUAGAAUCUUCAAGGAUCUUGGUACACCAAGUGAGAAGAUCUGGCCUGGGUACAACGAGCUUCCCGCAGUGAAGAAAAUGACCUUCACAGAAUAUCCUUAUAAUAACCUUCGGAAGAGAUUCGGAGCUCUUCUUUCAGACCAAGGGUUCGAUCUUAUGAACAAGUUCUUGACUUACUGUCCAGCCAAAAGAAUCAGCUCGGAAGAUGCCUUAAAGCAUGAAUAUUUCCGCGAGCCACCACUGCCUAUCGACCCAUCCAUGUUCCCGACUUGGCCAGCCAAAAGCGAACAGCAGAGGGUAAAACGUGGAACGAGCCCUCGCCCUCCAGAAGGUGGCCUGGGAUACAGUCAGCUGGGCGAUGAUGAUCUGAAAGAUACCGGCUUUCACCUGACCACGACCAACCAGGGAGCUUCCGCGGCUGGUCCUGGCUUCAGCCUCAAGUUUUAAACCUGCUCUAAAGGGAAUCAACAUUUUCUCCUCGGCCCCAAGAGAAUUGCGAAUCAUUUUGGUUCACAAACACAAAAGUACAGACAAACUAUUCUUACUCUCUGAUAUUUCAUUCCAACCUGGAUUGAGCAACGUAAAAAGAAAGGACAUCAACAAAUAUUCCCAAGUCUUUGACCUAUUUAUUUUUCAUCAUUGUAUAUUUGUAGAAUUAAAAUACAUUUUUAAUUGUGUAACUUGA